AUGUUCGGACAACGCAUUAUUAUACCUCAAAUUUUCCGAAAGCGCAUUCUUAAAGAAAUUCACCGAGGUCAUCAAGGCAUAGGUCGUACUAAAGCCAUCGCGCGGAACUACGUUUAUUGGUCAAAUAUCGAUUACGAUAUUGAAGCAAUGGUGAAAAGUUGUUCAAAUUGUGCCGCAGCAGCUAAAAUGCCCACAAAAACAACUUUACAUCCUUGGCCAAAACCUUCUGAUUCUUGGGAACGGCUCCAUAUUGAUUAUGCAGGACCAAUAGAUUCAUACUACUAUUUGGUCGUAAUCGAUGCGUUCUCAAAAUGGCCAGAAAUUAUACAAACAAAAUCUAUAACAGCAACUCAAACAAUUUCCAGCUUGAAAGAAAUUUUCGCUAGAUUUGGGUUACCGAAGACAAUAGUUUCAGACAAUGGUACUCAAUUUGUGAGUCACCAAUUUCAACAGUUUUUAGCGGAAAACGGCAUUAGUCAUAUACGAAGCAGUCCGUACUAUCCCAUGUCAAAUGGACAAGCCGAAAGGUUUGUGGAUACUUUAAAGCGAGCACUCAAAAAGUUAAAUGGGAAGGGGGUAACUGCUGAAAAUCUUCAAACAUUUCUACAAGUUUACCGAUCAACUCCGAAUAAGCAAAAUGAGGACAGUAAAUCGCCAGCUGAAGUUUUACUAAAAAGAAAUAUCCGUAUUAAACUUGACUUAAUUAAACCAACGCUGGUGUCUUUACCAGACCCAAAUGCCAAGUUUAAAAACAAGUGCGGUGACCGAAAAGAUCAAGAAAAUGAGUUAUCUUUAGAAAUAUGUACUUCCGAAGAUAUCGCCAACGAAAAGUGUUUAGUUGAUGCAUUUGGCCUCUACGAAACAACACCUAAAGAUGUGGUCGAAAUAACUAACAACAACAUGGUUUCGACUCCAGAUCAAUCUUUCAACAAAGUAACCGAGAUUGCAAUCCCUCAAACUGAGAAGCACAAUGAGGCAGUUGUUCCGUAUACCCGACCAAGGCGUACUAGACAUCCUAUUGACCGUUAUAGACCCUAG